AUAAUUUUUCGAACAAAUUAAUGAUGUUGUGUAAGUCACUUGUCGCCUUUAGCUACCUAUGCCUCGUCAUGGCCGUGUCCUCUAUCGCUCAAAGUCCUCCUGUGCUCGACACCGAGGGCCGACCUUUACAGAUCAACGUCGAGUACUUCAUCAAGCCUGCCAUCACCGAUGUCGCUGGAAAUCUCACCCUAUUAACCCGCAAAGGCGAUCAGUGCCCAUUUCAUGUUGGCCAAGUACCACUUCGUUCACAAGAAAUAGGUUUUGGGGUCACCUUUACGCCCUACCUACCGGGUGAAGAUACGAUCAGAGAAGGGAGGGAUUUGAAGGUUGUGUUUCAAGCGUUUUCGAUCUGCAUAACGUCGACUGCAUGGAGAGUCGGGGAGACAGAUCCUACCACUGGAAGGAGGUUUGUUGAGACCGGGGACAAUGACACUGCCACCGGGUACUUUAGGAUCGAUAGGGACAACUUUGGCAUUUAUAAUAUAGGAUGGUGUCCGUCGGAUGUCCCUAUUAGAGGGAGGCCAAGGUGUGGAAGGGCUGGAAUUUUGAUUGAGAAAGGCUUGAGGCUGUUGGCUUUGGAUGGCUCAGCGUUUCCUUUUGAGUUUGUGAGAGCUUGAGACAAGAACAUGCAAUUUGUUGCAAUUGCAAUCAAUUAAAUAAUACUCUUGUUAGUUUAUUUGAUUAAUAAAA